AUGCCUCGUCUUGUGCGCAAAGCGCGGCUGAGUGAGCGCAUCAAGACAUACCUAGACCCCUCCGACUGGGCGCUAUGGGUCUCUGAGGAGCUGAGUAGCAGUGACUGGGAGGACUUCGCGGCCUCGUAUGCCCUCUCCAUCGGCUUUGGCGCCAACGUGGCCUUCGUCGUCGCCCAAGCAAACACGGGCGCAUCGAACGGCCUCGACAACGACGGAGUCUUCAAGGAAGCCUCGGGCUCCGGUUGGCUCAGCUGGCUUGCGAACCUGCUGGUGCUGAUACUCGCUGCUGCAAGCUUCGCGAAUGCCUGGCUUGUGCACAGCAAGAAGAGGCACUACAGGCUGUUCGAGCAGCCCAUCGACGCCACACUGACCACACCGUCUGCGAAGCGCGUGAGAGUUGACUCCUCGCCGGCCGGCGCCUCGCCCUUCAGCUACUUUCGCAACAUCGCCCAGCGUAAUUCAGCGGCUGCGCGCGCACACCCAGAUGCAACGCGCGACGUAUGGGAGAUUGCUGUCUGGGACCCCAACCCGCUGUGUCUGGCGCUGUGCUGCCUCUUCAGUCCGCUGCACGUCGCGCUCUAUUAUCUGAACCUGCCAGUGGCGCCGCUCGAUCCCCGUCCCAGCGUCCGCGUGGUAGCCACCAUCUUCGUCGGCUUGGUCCUCUCCCUCCAACUCUGGCUCUUGCGAUCGUCAUUCAUCCAACAGAUCAAGGACAACAACAUCAUCAGUCGCCAGGUCUUGCACGAAUACGACAGCAAGUAUGUGCACCCUUCGAUGCAGAGACCAUCACGCGACGUGGGCAUCCAGACAAUCUCCAAGAAGCGGAACAGGGACUCGAGUGUCGGCGUCAAGGGCAGCCCCCAUGAUCUCGCUAGCGAAGUCGUAACCUACACACCCAGGACCAUCAUCAACAAGAGGGUCUUCCACACCAACCCGAACCCGAACUACAGGACCCAGUACGAUCCAGACAACCUCUCACUAGGUCAAACGCCGUCGAGAAGCGCCAAACGCCCCGCACUCACAUCCGCACACUCCUCGUACACCUCUACCGCGUCCGAUGCCCGAGACGACGACGACGCGGAUCUUUCAUCUCCCAUCCGCCCUUCACAGACGCCAAACCCUUUCCGCCGUGUCCCCUCGAUUGCCCGCACAAGCGGCGACGGAGGCAGCCUGGGCAUUUUCACGCACGCCAACUCUCCGCUGCGCAAGUCAGCAAGCGCCAACUACCUCCGUGAUACCGACGAGAACAACAAGCCGCGCGAACAGCCGAAGCUCAGCCUGAGCGAUCGCACGAAUUCGGGGAGCCAGACGCCGAGUAGGAGGGCAGGCAGUCCUUUGAAGAGAGUUGGUAUGCCGAACGGUGAGGCGAGGGGGAGUGGGUACGGUGGGUUGGGAGUUGGGAGGAGGGAGAGUGGACGGUUCUGA